AUGGAUCGAGUGGGAAUUAGAGGGAUUAGGACUGGUUUUGGGCGGCGGCGGCUAGGGUUAAGUUUAGGUCUCAGAGAGAGAACUGAAGAGAGGGCGGCAGAGUGUGGUGAGAAUGAGCUAGGAAUCAGGCCAUGUGUUGUUCUGGAUCCACCGGUGAAUGAAGCCGAUGGAGUUGUUGUGGGAAUGGUAGCUAGUUUCAGCAAAGGUUCUUUUGUGGAGGAUUCUGUUGUCUCAAGUGUUCUGGUUGACAACGACUCUAGUGCAAAUAUUUACUCUCUGUCUACCUUGCAAAAGUUGAAGAUCGGCAUCGAAAGAAUCCAUAUAAACAGUGUAUGUGUUCGAGGCUUUGAUGGGGGAAGUAAAGAUUCUGUUGAUGAUAUAAUGCUCGAAUUGUCGAUAGGGUCAGUUGAGUUCACUAUGGACUUCCAAGUGUUAGAUGUGGCUAUCUCCUACAAUCUGUUGUUGGGCAGGACCUAG